AUGGCGGAGGACUUAGACGAUGGUGAGUUUUGGCUUCCUCCACAGUUUCUCACCGACGACAUGCUCAUGGACUUCAAAGCGAACACCAUGAAAACCAAACACAGAGAGGUCGAUUUUGGGUUUUGUUUUCCCAACGAGUUUCCGUAUGGGUUUGGCUCGGAUUUGAGUUCUCCGGUGGAGUCCGUGGUGAGCUCUACCGAGACUGAAAGCGACGAGGAAGACUACAUAGCUGGGUUGACUCGGAAAAUGGCUCGCUCAACUCUCCACGACGAUUUGUGGAAAACAGACUCUGUGUUCUCCUAUGAGACCCACAAGUCUUGGGCUAUGGCUGGCUCGCCUCAAUCGACUCUCUGCAUGGGUGGUGGUGGUGGUGGUAGCGAACAGGGUUCGAGCCGGGGAAGCCCGAACGGUCCUUCGCAGGUUUCAUCGCCGCCGCCGCCGCCGCCGGCGUUACACCGCAACGACGCUGCUUUGGAUCUGCUUUACGCGGCCGCAAGGGAGGUCGCGAGGAUGAGGAUUAUUGAAGAGGGUUCUAGGUAUAACCAGAAGACCAGUGGACUAUUGGGUCCACCUCGAAACCCAAGUCCCGUCUCUUUACCUCUCAAAAACCCUAACCCAAAUCUUCGGUUUCACUCCAAUCAGUCUCUUUCAUAUCAGCAAUUGCAAGUUGCCCAAUUUCAGCAGCUGAAACAGCAACAGAUGAUGAAGCAACAGAACUCGGCAAUUUGGGGACAACAUAACCAGACGACCCACCAAGUGGUUCAGAAUAGAGCAAGAAAUGAUGGUCGUCCUCUGACCCUCUCACAAUCUUUUUGGCUCUCUGUGAAUUUGAGUUUAGUUUUGAGUGAGUGA